UGCAGGUAGUGGAAGCAGGUAGGGAGACUGACAAAAACCUCCAGGAACCGCACGGAAACCUUGGGUGGGGCGCAAAGUCUCCAGAGGUUUCUGUUCAGGUUUCCUAAGUGGGACAGGGGCAUUACCUUUUUGAGAUGAGUUGACCGCCUGGUACACUGCAAGCAGCCACAGGCUUAAGGCAGCCGGGAUAACCUUGGGCUGCAGGAUCCAGGAGUGUUCUACAACAGUCCACUGGACGAUAUGUGUCCCUGUGUUACUACUGCUUGGGAAAACACUCUUGUUUCAGGAGCAAACAAGUGGAAGGGCUUCGUGUAAUCUGGGAGCCCACGGGCCUGGACGGACAUGAGAAACAAACCUCUUGAGGGAUCUAACUCAGCGGUUAUUGAUGCUGCCUUACAGCACCUGAGACCCGGGUUCGAUCCUGACCACGGGUGCUGUCUGUAUGGAGUUUGCACGUUCUCCCUGUGAGCGGGUGGGCUUUCUCCCACACCCCAAAGAGGUACAGGUUUGUAGGCUGGAUAAAUCAAGAGCCCAAGUGAAAAACGAGGUGCUGUUCCCCCAAUUUGCGUGUGGCCUCACUCUGACAGCGGAGAAGGCCCUGGGCAGGAAGAUCUGCCUGGGAAUGAGAAGGGGAAGUUAAAAUGUUUGGAAACCUUCAAUAGCUCCCUUUAACACGCACCUGUACAACGUGGACAGCUCGAUUGUAAUCAUGUAUAGCCAUUCCUUCGACUGGGAAGGCAUGCAACCUAAAGUAUUUCACUGUACUAGACUCCCAAAAGCACCCUAUGGAUUACUGGAUUAUAGCGGACUAUCAGCAAUAACAGACACAAUCCCCCCUCCACGAGGUAACGAGGUUUUACUGUACAUCAGUUUCUGAUGAGUCUGAAGAAGGGUCUCGACCCGAAACGUUGCCUAUUUCCUUCGCUCCGUAGAUGCUGUCUCACCCGCUGAGUUUCUCCAGUAUUUUUGUCUACCUUCGGUUUUCCAGCAUCUGCAGUUCCUUCUACUAUUUGUGUUUUUGCUGCACUGCCCUCUGUCGGGUUAUGCAGCCUGAAAAAAAGAAGUAGCAAUAUUAUUGUCCUCUUUAGCUUCUUAAACAAAAAGGAAACACUUUUUUUUAAUCGUAGGGGAACAGAAGGGCAGCCUUGGUGGAUACAUUGAGGAAGCCCGUGCCAAGAACACAGCAGCGGCAGAAGACUGACUGACCGUGAAACUCUGGUGCAGUCGCGACCUGAAUACUCACUCGCCCGCACGGAAACGAGAAGUCCUCCGCAACCAUGUCGAAGAAGACGUUCACCUCAACGAAUUGCUCCAAGCACAACGAGGAGUUCAAGCUCUAUUGCCAAGAGGACGAGGUGCCCGUGUGCGUCAUCUGUAUCGUGGCCGGGCGGCACAAAGCCCACUCCGUGGUCACCUUGAGCGAGAUGCUCAAACAUGCCAAGGCAACGUUGGAGGCACAGUCUGGAGAGCUGCAGAGACAUAUGGCAUUGAUCCAAAACAACAUCAAACUUGUUGCCGGUAACAUUGUCGAAGUGAAUGCGACAACAACAAAACUUCAGAGGCAACUAUCUCAGAAGUACAGGGACAUGAUUGCGACCUUGAAGAGCGUGGAGGACGAAACAAUGUCCGUCGUCAAAGCCGAACAGACGAGAGUUCUGAAAUCCUUAAAUGAAAACAUAAGCAAAAAUGAGAAGGAAGCCCAGGAGAUCCAGACAGUGAUUGAACAAAUCUCAUUCCUUUGUAAAGGCGGAGACAUUUAUCAAAUAAUGCAGGUACGACAUUUAGUGUUUGAUUUGCUAAUUACCCAUUCUUGACAUAAUGCCGGAAUAUUCUGAUAGUGUCAACAGACAUGGGAGGUUUUUAUCUCCAGCAAAGCCAUUAAGUCAUAGAUUCAUGCAGCACGGCAGCAUGGACAAGUUGGGCUGAAGAGCCUGUUUCCAUGCUGCAUGCAAUUUGUGACACAAAUUACUAGUAAAUUGUACACAUCUACAUUAUCAACACUAGUACUUUGUACACAUCCCACCUGCCUGCGUUUGACCCAUAAUCCUCUAAAUCUACCCUAUCCAUGAACCUGUCCAAAUGGCUCUUAUAUGUUAUGAUAGUAGACAAUAGACAAAAGACAAUAGGUGCAGGAGUAGGCCAUUCGGACCUUCGAGCCUGCACCGCCAUUCACUGUGAUCAUGGCUGAUUAUCCACAAUCAGUACCCCGUUCCUGCCUUCUCCCCAUAUCCCUUGACUCCACUAUCUUUAAGAGCUCUAUCUAACUCUCUUGAAAGCAUCCAGAGAAUCGGCCUCCACUGCCUUCUGAGGCAGAGAAUUCCACAGAUUCACGAUUCUCUGGGUGAAAACGUUUUUCCUCAUCUCUGUUCUAAAUGGCCUACCCCAUAUUCUUAAACUGUGGCUCUUGGUUCUGCACUCCCGCAACAUAUUACCUGCCUCUAUCGUGUCCAAUCCCUUAAGAAUCUUAUAUUUUUCAAUAAGAUAUCCUCUCAUCCUUCUAAAUUCCAGCGUAUACAAGCCCAGUCGCUCCAUUCUCUCAACAUAUGACAGUCCUGCC